AGGGCAACACAUUUGCAAGUCCCGCUAAUCACGUCCAGUAAGACGGCAGAACUAUAAAAGCCAUCAUAUCAAACCAUAAGGAUUAGUCUUCACUGAAGGAGGGGGACUCUUUUUACCACAAGGAUUUCCAGGUGCUGAGCCCAAUAUGGGACGUAGCAGGAUCUACCUUCUGCUAUUGCUGGGCACAUGCACCCUAGCCCAGCAAGAUGUAGGAAGUGUGGCUGAACAAUCUCCAACAUGCUUAUUGGCUAAAAGGUUCAGGAACUUCAGGCGCUUUGUGUACGACUAUGAGGCUGAGACCUUCAAUGGCGUUCCCGGAGCCAAUGUCAACAAGAGCGGCCCCAAAGUCUCCUGUCAAGUUGAGCUUGAAGUGCCACAGACCUGCAGCUUCAUCCUGCGCACCACAGAAUGCUCUCUGAGCGAGAUCUUUGCUGUGGAUGAUGACGGGAAGGCACUGUAUCACCCCGCUGCUGGAGCUCAGGCUUUCAAAGCCGCCAUGGCCAAGAACCCACUGAAGGUCACAGUUGAGCGGCACACUGAGGUGAAACUCUUCCCCGAGGAGGAUGAGCCAGUCAACAUCUUGAACAUCAAGAGAGGAAUUGUGUCGUCCCUCCUUGUUCCCGUCAUGGAAGAAGAGAGGAACAAUGAAAUGCCCACCGUGUACGGUGUCUGCGCCACCGACUUCACAGUCAACGCCAGAGGAGACAUUGCUACCGACGUAACUAUCAGCAGGGAUCUUUCCAGAUGUGACAGCUUCAGCGCUCACAAACAGGCCACCAGUCCCCUGGCUCUCAUCUCAGGAAUGCACUAUCCUUUGUCCAAGCUGAUUAGCAGCCACCAGACUUGCAACUACAAGUUUGACAACCAGAAGAAACACAUGACCAGUGGAACCUGCACAGAGAGGCAUAUCUUCCUGCCCCUCUCCCACAAGAACGAGUACGGAAUUUCCACUCUGGUGAAGCAGACUGUGACUCUGAGAGAGACCGCCAAGAUUAAUGACAGAGUCUUUGAUCAUAAUGAGGCCCUCCCCCGUUUCUUGCCAAUUGAACCUGUUGAUGACAAGUCCCCUGUGCAAACUCAAGAUGCUGCCAUUACCACAAUGGAGCAGCUGAAGACCCUGUCCCAGACCAGUCAUGGGGAGCAGCGUGCCUCCCUCUUCCACAAACUGGUGUCUGAGCUGCGUGGCCUGAAGGCUGACGUCCUGCAGGCUGCUGCAAUUGAGAUGAUUGAUAUGUCGGACUCCCUGACCAUGCAAGCUCUGGUACAGUGCGGUACACCAGAGUGCACCAGCGCCAUGCUGAGGGUUCUCGGGACCUUUGACAAGUCUGCUGUUGAAGUCGAUGCGGCAGUUUACGCCCUGGCACUGCUGCCUAACCCUUCACGCCUAAUGGUCAAGGAUAUGCUGGCCAUGGCUCAGAACAGGAAGAGCAAGCCCAUCAUGUAUGCCUUGAGUAAUGUAGUCAGGAGGCUGCACCGGGCUGAGGGGAAAGUCACUCCAGAGAUUACUGCUGUUUCUAACUUCAUGACAUCCCUUCUGGGCCCAGAUUGUUCUGGGGAGAAAGAUCUGACCUUCCUGACAUUGAGGGUUGUUGGUAACAUUGGAGAUGUGAUGGAAGAUGCUGACCCUGCUAUUAAGAACACCCUGCUGAAAUGCAUGAGACAGCCUGCAACCACACUCUCUGUUCAGCUUGCUGCCAUCCAGGCUUUCAGACGAAUGUCUUUGACAGAUGAGGUUCGCUCAAACCUCCAGAGGGUGAGUCAGUAUCCAAAAGGUGCUGUGCAGAAACGCCUUGCAGCCUACCUGAUUCUGAUGAGAAAUCCUAUAAAUACUGACAUUGACAUGGUGAAGAAGAUCCUGAAACAGGAGCAGAAUGAGCACGUCAAAUCUUUUGUGACCUCCCAUGUCUACAACAUCAUCUCCUCCACUGAUCCUGAGACCCAAAAACUUGGGAGGAAGAUAAUGGACGCUCUGCAGGACAUUGAUGUGGGCACACACAAUGACUAUACAACAAAGUCUCGCAACUACAAGUUGGGUAUGGCACAUGAAAGCAUGCAGGCCAGUAUUCAGGGCAACGUUAUCUUUGACCCUAGCAACCAGCUGCCCAGAGAAGUCAUGUUAGAAUCUACCCUGAAAGUGUUUGGCUACAAUAUGGACAUGUGGGAGCUUGGAAUCGAAGGAAAAGGCUCAGAACCCUCUAUUGAGGCUUUGUUUGGAAAGAAUGGCUUCUUCCCAGACACAUUGUCCAAGACUCUGUACUGGGCGGAGAAUAAGAUGCCACUCAAGAUGAUGGAGGUUCUGGAGAAGUGGGUUGCUCCCUUGAAAUCGGAAGGACAGAAGGUACCUGAAGAUCUUAUGAGAGAAAUUGUUCGCAAUUUCAACAAGCUGGUAAAGGAUUUGCAGGAUCAAGAAUCUCCAGAGGCCAUGGCCUACCUUAAGAUUAUGGGAACAGAGCUUGGCUACAUCAAGGCCAGCGAUUUGAAGUUUAUUGCUGAUAAUGCUAAAAUGUAUGCAGAGAUUUUCCUUAAGAUCCUCCCUACCCAGGUGGUGUCUAAACUGAUGUCCGGCACAGACAAUGAGAUCUUUAUCCAUUACAUGUUCAUGGACAACAAAUUUGUCCUUCCAACUGCCUCUGGGUUGCCUCUGACCUUUUCUCUGUCAGGCACCUUUACUCCCGGAGCUAAGGGAGGACUUCGCAUUUCCCCAAACAUGAAUGAACUGUUGUUCAUGCCGUCUGUUGGCGUUGAGUUUGUGACCCAAAUGGGCGUCCAUGUCCCCGAAUUUGUUGUCUCUACUGUCGAGAUGCACACCAGCUUGUACCACGAGAGUGCACUCAAUGCAAAGCUAACCAUGGAGUCAAACCAGGUCAAGCUUUCGAUUCCGGCUGCACAAGGCCCUGCAAAGCUUUUUAGAAUCAGCAAUAGAGUGAUGAUUGUUGGUGAUGGCAAGGCUGCCAUAAUCCCACACAAUAUGGGUAAUGUGAACUGUGACUCUCUCUAUGGAAUCAAGUAUUGCACAAAAAAACUUCAAGUUGAUGUACGCGGUAAAAGUGAUGUUUACUUCCCUCUGGCUGGAGAGACAAUGUUUGGAAUUGACAUCGAGCCCAAGGUCUCAUACACAGCUACUAUUGCAUACACACUCCUCAAUGAAGGAAAUGAUGGCCGCCAGAAGGUGGAUUCCCUGAAGAUUACUCUGAAAACUGAAGGGGCUCAGGCUGCAGAAGCUUCCGCCACCAUGAAAUACAACAGGAACAGGAAUGUCUUCACCAGCCAAAUCCAGAUACCUGACUUUGAUGUCGAAGCUGGAAUCAAGGUUGGCCUGACUGAUAGCAGCACCAAAGGCAAAGCCCUCACCCUUGAGCUUUCCAACAAGAAUGUGCCACAGCUCACUCUGACUGGUCGCGCCCACAUUCAGGCCAUGACUGAUGGCAUGCUGCAGGUUCAGUUGGUGGUCCCCUCUCUGAAGACAGAUGCUACCAUCUCUGCCACCAUGAGUAAAGCUGAAGAAUUAAUUUUUGAGAUCAAAAGUGAUAUGAAGCUCCCAGAGACAUCCUCGAUUCAGUCAGUCACAUUCAAAUAUGGCACAGAUCAGGCAGAGGUUAAACUGAUGUCAAACAUGAACGCUGAGACCAAAGUCCUGGUACCUUAUACUGGAGCCCUCAGGGCCUGGGUUAGGCAGUUUGCUGAGGAUGCCAUGGAUCAUCGGGUUGGUAACACUGACAUGAAACUGCGUCAUAUUGUCAACAAAGCAUUUGAGGCCAGCAACAUCUGGAUGAACAAGAUCUCAGCUGAUGUCCCCUAUGUGGAGACUCUGAGGAACAAUAUUGCAAAGGUGGAAAUGCCAUCCAUGCCUGAGAACCUAUUUAUGAACAUGGAAAGCAAAUUCCGCUACCAGUUCAACAAGGACUAUCUGACCAUCAGUAUCCCCCUGCCACUUGGAGGGAAAUCCUCUGAGGAAUUGUUCAUCUUCCCUAACAUAAUCACCAUGCCACUGCUGGGUGUGGAGCUUGCACCACAGCAGAUGGAAAUUCCCAAAUUUACCAUCCCCUCUGAGCAAGAGAUCAACCUGCCCCUUAUUGGAAUGGUGGAAGUGUCUGCCAAGGUGAACAGCAACUAUUACAACUGGGAGACAACUGUGUCAGCAGGCAACAAUACUGUGGACUCUCCAAACUAUUUGGCCAAAUUCAAGGUUCAGGCUACCAGUCCCAUCAAACUUCUGUCUUUCACGACUGAAGGAGCUACAGAAGUUACUGAUACAACUGAGAAAACACUGAAAUUCACCCUGAAUGGUUCCUUGGUGCACGAGUUUGUGAGUACAAGGGUUAACAUGGAGGAGACUAUUGCUGUCUCAGACAAUGUAACAUCAUCAGGAAAAUACAACAUCCAUGCUGCUGCCCCCCUGGGUUUGCGGACCUCUCUGGAGAUUACCAAGCACUUCACUCUUGAUUCAGCCAAGCUAUUGGGAGACAUCAAUGCUGAUGGAAGUGUCACCAUUGGAUCUUUAACUGCUAGUACCACUUAUCUCAACACCUUCUCAGCUGACCAUGCAAAGAAAGAAGUCAGAUUGGAGAGCACACUGAGAGCAAACUCUGAAAUUCUGAAGGUUACAAAUAAGAUCAAGUCUGUAUAUGCAAAUGAGAAUCUUAUGAUUGAGUCUAACACUAACAUCAACAGUGACCCCAUCAAGCACUCGACAAAAAUUAACCUUAACUACAAGGAUGUCAAGCUCAGCAUUCUCUCUAACUCUGUGACCAAAACUGGUCAGAGAAUGCUUCAGAGCCAAGUUGAGUUCUCAGCCUCUGAAUAUCAAGCCAGCCUCCGUAUAGGAAAUACAGCUGAAGAUACAGUGAACCGUGCCUACUCUUUGCUAACUGGUUCCCUGAAUCCUUCUGGCUUGGAGCUCAAUGCUGAUGCCUCUAUUAACAUCUUUUCGAGCCUUGCCUCUCACAAGGCAACCUUGGCCUUGAACGCCAAUGGCCUGACCACCAGCUGUACCACAACUGCUCAGCACAGCCCAGUGACCUUUGAGAAUAUUUUCCACAGUGGACUUGAUGCUAAUGGUGCCACCAUGUCUCUCACCACAAAGGGAGGCACUAAAGAGAACAAAGUUUAUUUUAAUGUUGAAGGAAAGAUUGCAAGCUAUGAAGUCUACCUAAAUGGCGUUUUUAACGGUGACAUCUUGGCCAUCAACACAAGAAACACAAUGAACUUCAGAAUAAGUGAAGAUGGUCUGAUCUUAUCCAACAACAUCGUUGGAUCUUUCAAUGAAAUGCGGACCGAUAAUUCUAAUUCCCUUUCUCUUACACCAAGAUCUUUGACCCUCCACACCAAGACUGACAGCUUCCUUAACACAAGAAACUCCUACAUGCAUGACAUCACAGUUACCAUGGAGCGUUUUACAGCCUCAGCCAUGAUCAAAAAUAAUCUGAAGAUCAUGGAGAUAAACUUUAAUAAUGAUGCCCAGUUCAAGGCACAACCCUACAACAUGGAGCUGACCGGAACAGUGAGGGGAGACUUGUCAGAAGAUGAACUCAAGCACAGUUAUGAAGUGAAGUUCAUGAACAUGAUCCUGUCUACAAAGUGCAACACCAACGGUAACAUCCUGGGAUCUCAGAUAACACAUGCCACAGAAAUGGAGGUUGCUGGUCUAACUGUGAAAUUCAACAAUGUUGCUGAUUACAAAUCUCAGUCUCUUCGUUUUGACAGUAAGAUCAAUGCUGUUGCUGAACCCUUCUCCCUUACCGUUGAUGCCUUGUUAAACUCAAAUGGUGGAGUAUCUUUGUAUGGACAGCAGAGUGGGGAACUAUAUAGCAAAUUCCUCCUGAAAGCAGAACCCCUCCUCUUCACGCAUUCGUUUGAAUACAGAGCUUCAACCACUCAUGAGAUUAAAGGCAGACCCACAAUCAAGACCAAUGUGGACAACAAGCUCAGCAGCACCAUGAGUCUUCAAGAACAAAGCGUUCACCUGACAGUUAAAUCUAAGGUAAAUGACCACACUUUUGAUCAGGAAUUGGGGGCCUACAACAAUGCAGAGAGAAUGGCUAUUGACAUGAGAGGAGCAGUCACCACAAACCUCUUUAGUGAAACCAUUCAAGACUACAGUGUGUCUGGAUUUGUGAAGUAUGACAAGAACACUGAUAGCCAUUUCAUCCAGAUCCCUUUCACCGAGCACAUUCCUGCAAUUAUUGAAGUUGUAAAAAAGACAGUAAUGAGGUUGACCGACAAUGGCAUUGAAUUGCUGAAAGACAUUAACACCGAGUAUGAGAUCGGUACCACGAUUCAGAACAAAGUAUCUGAACUGAAGGAGGUCAUUGACAACUUUGACUUAAGCCUCAUUGCCCAAAAUGUAAAAAAAUAUGUCAACUCCUUUGAAAAUGUCUUGACCAACCUGACAGCCAAGUUGCCAACAGAAAAAGUCUUCAAUGUGUUGAAAUCAGUCAAGGAUGCUAUCAUGGCUUGGAUACAGAAACAUAACAUCUCUAAUAGAUUCAAUGUAAUUUAUGAAAAAAUGGAGGAAAUUCUGUCCAAGUAUGAGGUUGACAAGAUGAUCGGAGCAGUGAUGGAUGAGGUUGUCAAAAUUAUGAAGGAAUAUCAAGUGAGGGAAAAGAUUAAGUCUGUAUUUGCCCUUCUUAGGUCAAUUGACAUCCAGCCUUUGAUUAAAAAGGUUAUGGUACCUAUUGAGGAGUUUGUAAAUGAGCUAUACUCUUUUGACUUCAAACAGCUGAUUGAGGACAUGAGGGAUUAUGCUAUGAGAAUGGUACAGAAAAUACAAUCCUUCGAUUAUGACAAAUUAACACUGGAGCUGAAAGAAAAAGUAACAGAUAUGAGCAAGAUUCCCUGUUUUGGAAAACUCUACGGAGAGUUUAAAAUCAACUCGCCACAUUACAAACUCAGGACUACAGCAGAUCUGGAAAACACCACAGCUACAUCAGUCACACCAGAGUUCAAACUGAACCUUAAUUCUCAGGCCACAUCUACUUUGACGGUCCUCCAGUUUACUAUAGAUGCCAAUGCACAUUUGGCUGUGCCCAAGAUGAGCCGUCUGGCAAUUUCUGAGUCUAUUAAGAUUGAUCAGUCAUCUUUUAAACUCGACCACAAGGGAACAAUGACUAUCUAUGGCCUGUCAGGUCAAGGUUCUGCUGACACUACUGCAAAGAUAUCCACCGAAUUGUAUUCUGCAGAUCUCGUCAACAAUGUGUUCUUUGCCAUGGAAGAUGGACUCUCUACAAGUGUAAAUACGGACUAUAAUCAUGACCUCAACAUGCCCCCUCUCAACAUCUUCACUCACGUGUCAUCAACGCAAAAGACUAAUCUUGCACUGGAAGCAGGCUCUGCACAUCUGAAAAUGAACACUCUGGCUAAUGCAAAAUAUGCCAUUCGGGAUUUCUCAGAUGAGGCAACUCACAACAGUAACAUGGACUUAGUCAUGGAUCUACACACAGCUAAAGUGACUUUCAUUGGUGCAACAAGCUGCAGAGGCUUUAAAACCAAUCAGAAUGUGGUUGCUGAUAUCUGCAUUUUCCGCCAUGCAAUUGUAGAUGCUAAAGUUGAGACAGAAACACCUGUGAUGAAGGGGAGUGUUUUAGACAUAAAGUUCCAGGCUAGGGUUGAAGACAUAAAAAUUGAUCUCACUGCCUCUCAUAAUGCACAACUGAUUGAGGGAACUCUUUCAAGCUCCGCCCUUGCCUUGAUCACACCUACUGAGCUCACAUUUGACAGCAAGAAUAAGGGAAAUUCCAAACUUUUCCUUCCAUUCAAGCUCGAUGGAAUGAUGGAGUUCAAUAAUGACAUCUUUCUUACACUGAACCCUGAAGUGCAGCAGGCCAGCUGGACUGGAAUGGCCAGAGUCAACCAAUACAAAUAUUCCCAUUACGUCAAAAUGGAUAAUGGUGAAAGGGAAAUUAAUAUUAUUACUCAGAUUAAUGGAGAGGCAAAUCUUGAUCUCUUGAGGCAACCAAUCACUAUUCCUGAAAUAACAGUGCCAUAUUAUGGAAUGAGGACACCAAAAGUGGUGGAUUUCUCACUGUGGGAAGAUGCUAGUCUGGGUUAUCUCCUCAGUACGACACAGCAGACCUUUGACAUGAGCUCCAAGAUUAAAUACAUGAAGAACCCAGAGAUGUUCACCAUAAACAUUAAUGCAGAUCCCGUCAUCAAUGUCAUUAACACCAACAUCAAGAAUCUACACAAGAAAGUGCUCAUCGGCAAAGAUAAGGCUGCUGAUAUUCUGGCUUCAACCUAUGCCAAUGCACAGGCAAAGUAUGAACAAUAUAAUAUUGAAUUACCUAAAACACUUACGAUUCCUGCAUACAAAGUACCAGUGAUCAAUGUUGAGAUGUCAACAUUCACCAUUCCGCUCCCAGACACCAGUCUUGUCACAAUGCCAGCUCUGCAUGUUCCAUCAGCUAUCAGCAAGUUUACCCUUCCCAGAAUCACUCUGCCCAAAAUUCAGAGCAUAAAGAUUCCCGUGAUGGGUGAUCUGACCUUUGAGUUCUCCAUGAAAGCACCAAUGAUCACUCUCAAAAGCAAUGCCAGCAUUCUCAACCAAGACAGCUUCAUCAUCAAACUUGAUGCAUCCUCAUCAUCACAAUUUGAGUUUCUGACAGGAAAAAUUCAGGGAAACACCAAUGUUAACAUGUUUGGCGGAUUCAAGAUGGCCUCUCUCCUUGCUGUAAAAAAUACAAUGUUGGAAGGAGACCAUGGCAGCACCAUCAUCUUAAAUUGUGAAAAGUUUGACGCCUCCAUCAGCAAUUCAGUCAAGGUCAAUCUGCCUUAUGAGACCAUGGAAGUCCACCAGGAGAUUACUGGAAACAGUCUUGUCUUCUCUCUGUCCACCACAUCUGCUGGUCACGUUGGAAUUCAAAUGCAGACCAAGCGUCCAGCACAAGUGAGAGCAAGACUCUAUGGUCGCUACCCUACUGAACCACAAACGGACAUUGAUAUCUUGGCCCUGAAAAUGUCUGUGAUGAACUCUGAAAAGCUGAAUAUUCAGACUUCCUGGAACAUGGAGAUGCCAUAUGAGAUGAUGCUGGGACUGAAGAAGAAUGCACCUGUGGUAGUCCAAACAGUCACCACUCCUGCUAUCAUGACUUAUGAUAAAAUUAGCAGAUAUGCACGAAGCCUUGAGGGUUCUUUCCAGCAGGCUAGGAACCAGGGUACAGUGAUGUUGAAUAGGGCUGUUGACAACUUUGCAGCAGUUAAUCCCUCCGAUAUGCUGACAUCUGUCAAAGAUCAGACCAAUAUUAUCGUUAGAAAAUACCAACAAAAGGUUGAGACUUUUCUUGACGCUGCAGUUAAAUUCCUGAGAGAGACCAAGUUUCUAAUCCCAGGCUAUGUACAAAGGCUGUCGGGUCUUGAGGUCUAUCAGAAAUGCAGUACCUUUGUUGCUGAAGUAUAUGACGAGGUGAUUCAGAAUGUCUCAAAGUUUUUAUUUUUCACGGUGAAAGCAGCCGUUGAGUCCUUUGAAGCCAUUGAAUUUAAAAUUCCGGGUUCUAGCCUGAUUGUCAGUGGAAGAGACAUUCUAAAUGACACUUUUAGAGCUCUGAGGAUAGUACAGGACCAAGUGAGUGCCACAGUGAGACAUGUGGGAGGAAACACAAUUGAAGAUAUUCUCAGGGAUCUUUCUGCAUUAAAUAAGAAGCUCCUCGAAAUUUUAAGAUCACAAGAUGUAGCGAAGCUCCCCGCCCUUGUCACCGACAUGUACCAGGAAGCCAUUGACUCCCAUGUCUUUACUAGUGUUGUUAAGCAGAUUGAGAAGGUCCACCACAUAAUUAGCGAAUACCUUAAAACUAUGACAACAAACCUCCAGAACAUUCUGGCCAACAUCUCCACUGAACAACUCCAAUCAGACAUCCAGUACUCAAUUGACUUGAUGCUGAAACGUGCAAAUGCUUUCCAUAACAAUAUCAUUAGAAUCCUAAAGGAAAAAAGUAAAACUGUUGAACCUUUCGUAAGAGUUGGUGACAGACAGAUGGAGGUGGAUAUUCCUUUUCCCUUUCUUCAUCAGUUCAAAUCCUACAGAGAUUUCGAGGCUACAUGUGGCCGCCCUCGCCGCCGUCUCGAACACCUCCCAGAUGCCCUCCUUCGUCUUGGCCGAGCACUCCAGAUAGUCGUGGGCGCCGAUGCGAGCGGCCAUGACUCGGCCGUCGUCGGGCCUCAGCGGCUCCAUCUUGAGCCGGCCCAGCUCGUUCUUGACGUGCUCGUCGUUGCGGAGAUCCUUCUUGUUGGCCACCAGAAUGAUCGGCACGUUGGGGCAGAAGUGUUUCACCUCGGGCACCCACUUCUCCGGGAUGUUUUCCAGCGAGUCCGGGCUAUCCACGGAGAAGCACAUCAAAAUGACGUCCGUGUCCGGGUAGGAGAGCGGGCGUAGCCGGUCGUAGUCCUCCUGGCCCGCGGUGUCCCACAAGGCCAGCUGGACCUGCUUGGUGUCCACCUCGAUGUCCGCCACGUACGUUUCGAACACCGUCGGGACGUACACCUCCGGGAACUCGUCUUUGCUGAACACGAUCAGGAGACACGUUUUCCCGCAUGCGCCGUCGCCCACCACCACAAGCUUCUUGCGGAUGUCGGCCAUUUGCGUCUCCUUCCCCAUGACGAAGUCCACAAAGAACCGAGAAAUGGGGGCGACAAAAAUAAAAUAAAAAGUCCAGACUUUUGCGUCCCGGCAGAAACACUUUUUACCGUGCGGGUGACAACUCGGCAAGAUCUCUUUAUAAAGCAAAGUGAGUGUCGACAGACGGAAGAAAGUGGCUCCGCGUGUUUGUUUGACACGCCGCCGCCGUCGUUGCUUACCCGUGGCAUGAGCAUUCCAUGCAGCAUCCUAGGUAUGAAUGACGUGGCCUGGCAGGAGACGAGAGGUGGGAUGCUGCAUGCAAAUGGUGGUCCUGAGGCUGGAGGUGUCAGAGUCCACAGUGGAGGGCCCCUAGCCGCAGUGGCUGGCCAGGCUUCAGGAGGCCCCCAUUUACAGGGCAUGGAUAGGGCCGGCAACCCCACACCAGGAACGCCGCAGCCUCCGUUGAGCGGUCGCUCGCAGGAUGACGCCACGGUCGGCUACUUCUUCCAGAGGCAGCCCGGGGAGCAACUCGGAGGUUGCGCGCCGAGCAAGCAUCGCUGGCCCACCGGAGACCCCAAUCAUGUUGAUCAGGUCCGUGUUGUGGAUGAAAUGAACUACGACUUUCAAGCUCUUGCUUUGGAGUCAAGAGGGAUGGGAGAGCUUUUGCCGGCAAAAAAGCUCUGGGAUUCAGAUGAACUGGCGAAGGAUGGAAGAAAAGGAAUGCUUCUUGGAGAGGAGUGGAGGGAUAUUGCGUGGGGGGCAUCACACCAUUCAGUCUCCCAGCCAAUUAUGGUCCAGCGCAGGCCGUGUCAGGGUUUCCACGGGAACGGCGAUGCUAAUUCCGUGCUGUCGCCUCGUUCAGAGGGUGGAGGCUUAGGUGUGAGCAUGGUGGAGUACGUCCUGAGCUCGUCUCCUGGUGACAAGAUGGAUGCCCGUUACAGGAACGGCGGCUAUGGUGGAGGCGAUACGGAUCAGGAUGGGAGAGAGAAGAAUGAUGGCCCAGAGAAAGUGUCUCCUUUUGAGGAAGACAAGAGCCCAGAGAUGAAGGUGGGGGAUGACAGUGAUCCUGCGAAGGCCAAUGGAAGAAGUUUACUAAAUGGCAUGGACAGAGACUGCAAAGACUUCAAUCCAACUCCGGGAAGCCGGCAAGCUUCUCCCACUGAGGCUGUGGAGAGGAUGGGCCCUAACCAGACAGGAUUGGAGAUGAUGAGCCAGCACCAUGUCCAUGCCCAUGCUCAUGCCCAUGCCCAUGCCCAUGCCCAUGCCCAUGCUCAUGCUCAUGCUCAUGCCCAUGCCCAUGCCCAUGCUCAUGCUCUACAACAACAGAACCACAGCAAAGGUCCGGUGGAGGAUUUUCAGAACCAGGAAGCCCAGAACAUGGGUGGCAUGGAGCAACAAGCCGGUGUGGAAUCCCUCCAGUUUGAAUAUGCAGGCAACCAGAUUCAGGUGGACUCCUCCGGAACCCCAGUUGGAUUGUUUGACUACAGCUCUCAGCAGCAGUUAUUCCAGAGGUCAAAUCCCCUAACUGUUCAGCAGCUCACAGCAGCCCAGCAGCAACAGUAUGCCCUGGCAGCAGCUCAGCAGCAGCACCUUGCUGGUCUUGCUCCUGCAUUUGUGCCAAACCCUUACAUCAUCAAUGCUGCGCCCCCUGGAGCUGAUCCAUACACUGCAGCAGGGUUGGCAGCAGCAGCUACUCUUGCUGGGCCCACAGUGGUUCCACCGCAAUACUAUGGUGUUCCUUGGGGUGUGUACCCAGCCAAUCUUUUCCAGCAGCAGGCCGCAUCUACUGCCAAUCACUCUGCUAAUCAGCAAGCAUCCAAUCAGGGACCAGGGCCAGGCCAACCUCAGGUAAUGCGCACAGGAAACAACCAGCGUCCUCUUACGCCUGGGCAAGGUCAACAAAGUCAGCAGGAAUCUCUGGCUGCAGCAGCUGCUGCUGCAAACCCCGCACUGGCAUACACAGGAAUGCCCGGUUAUCAGGUGCUGGCCCCUGCAGCUUACUAUGACCAGACCGGGGCCCUAGUGAUGGGCCCUAGCGCUCGGACUGGGCUCGGUGGGCCAGUUCGUUUAGUCCAGACUCCCCUCCUCAUCAAUCCUGCAGCAGCACAGGCUGCAGCUGCGGUGUCUGCCUCGGGUUCUGGUAGCAACAUGUCUGGCCCUCCGGCAAACGGCAUGUACCGCUCCAUGCCUCAACCCCAACCUCAGCCACAGCAGCAACAGGCUCCCCCACAGAGCAGCGGCUUGCAAUCAAGUUCCUUCUACGGCUCCGGGUCAGUCCCCAACACCUCUCAGAGCAGCUCACUUUUCUCCCAUACAUCUGCUCCACCUGCGCCCCAGAGCUCCUCGCUGGGCUUCAGCAGCACCGGCAGCUCGCUCGGUGUGGGUCUGGCCUCUGCUCUCGGAGGAUUCGGCUCGUCAGUAUCGAGCUCUACAAGUAGCAGUGUGUCUCGCAGGGACUCGCUGUUGACAAGUUCUGAUCUUUACAAACGCGGCAGCAGCAGUUUAACUCCCAUCGGCCAGCCCUUUUACAACAGCCUGGGUUACUCCUCAUCACCCAGCCCGAUUGGACUCACCCCCGGCCAUUCGCCUCUCACUCCCCCUCCUUCUCUGCCCUCCUCUCACGGGUCCUCCUCCAGCCUUCACCUCGGUGGCUUGACAAAUGGAAGCGGGCGUUACAUUUCUGCAGCACCCGGAGCUGAGGCCAAGUACCGCAGUGCCGGUGGGACGUCCAGCCUAUUUAAUUCCAGCAGCCAGCUCUUCCCACCAUCUCGGCCCCGCUACAGCCGCUCGGACGUGAUGCCAUCCGGCCGCAGCCGCCUCCUGGAAGACUUUAGGAACAACCGCUUCCCGAACCUCCAGCUCCGAGACCUCCCUGGACACAUGGUGGAGUUCUCUCAAGAUCAGCAUGGGUCAAGAUUCAUUCAGCAGAAGCUGGAGAGAGCCAGUCCCGCUGAGAGACAGAUGGUUUUCGGAGAGAUUCUACAAGCAGCAUACCAGCUGAUGACUGAUGUGUUUGGGAACUAUGUCAUCCAGAAGUUCUUUGAGUUUGGAAGUGCAGACCAGAAGCUGGCUUUGGCAACUCGAAUCCGUGGCCAUGUCCUCCCGCUGGCUUUACAGAUGUACGGGUGCAGAGUAAUUCAGAAAGCUUUGGAGUCCAUUUCUUCUGACCAGCAGGUAAUUAGUGACAUUGUUCGUGAGCUGGAUGGCCAUGUUUUAAAGUGUGUGAAGGACCAGAACGGAAACCAUGUGGUGCAGAAGUGCAUUGAGUGUGUCCAGCCUCAAGCCCUACAGUUCAUUAUAGAUGCCUUCCAAGGCCAGGUUUUUGUCCUCUCCACGCACCCUUAUGGCUGUAGAGUAAUCCAAAGGAUUUUGGAGCACUGCACCCAGGAGCAGACUUUGCCAAUACUGGAAGAGCUGCAUCAGCACUCUGAGCAGCUGGGUCAGAAAUAUCAAGGCGUAUCAUUGGAGAUGACACCCAAAACAUAUUAUACAGUGUCCCGUGAUGCACUGUUCAAGGAUCAGUAUGGUAACUACGUCAUUCAGCAUGUUUUGGAGCACGGCAGACCAGAAGACAAGAGCAAGAUAGUCGCAGAAGUGCGAGGAAAAGUCCUCCUACUUAGCCAACACAAAUUUGCAAGUAACGUUGUGGAGAAGUGCGUGAUCCACUCCUCGCGUGCCGAGAGAGCUCUGCUGAUCGAUGAGGUGUGCUGCCAGAAGGAUGGCCCCCACAGCGCCCUGUACACGAUGAUGAAGGACCAGUAUGCCAACUACGUUGUCCAAAGAAUGAUAGACAUGGCUGAACCUGCUCAGCGUAAAAUCAUCAUGCACAAGAUCCGGCCUCACAUUGCCACCUUGCGCAAGUACACUUACGGGAAACAUAUUCUGGCUAAACUGGAAAAGUACUACAUGAAGAGCGGGUCUGAGCUGGGUCCCAUAGGCGGCCCCACAAAUGGCCUGAUGUAGUCAACGCUGACAUCAUGGAUCCCCCCAAAAAAGAGGCGCAGGUUCUCAGCAUAUUAAGAUCUUUUCUCAACCCCUUUUUUGCAGGGCAGUUACCAAAAGGAAAAAAAAGACAAGUCAAUUUUACCCUAAAACGCUGUGACAACUGACAUUUGCCACUGUGCCGCCCCUAGUGAGGUCCCAUCUGGGCCCUCAGCCCUCGCCAUGAGCAGCAUAAGUCAGCAGGCUUAUUUUUGGGGGCACAAGGCCAUUGUUAAUUAUGUAACUGAUGUAUUUGACUGGUUUUCAUAUUGUACAUUUAAAUUUUUUUUUACCUUGUAAAUUCUUUGUAGAAAAAAAAAAACAUUUGCUGAAACUUCUUACAAUUCAUACCAGCAAGUGACCUAUUAAAGCUAAAAACUGAGUGACAAAAUUCCAUUUGCUUUUUGAACCGACAGACAUUGUCUAAGUCCAGGAAAUUUGAUAUUUAUAUAUGACCCCAUGUAGAGUUGAAACAAUAGUAUCCCCAUGCUGUUGAUUUCAAACAGCAAGGUACAGGCGAAUACAAAUAUGUGUGAGGUGCCACAGGUCUUUAUCAAGACCUUUUUGCUCGCUUAAAUUGGGGGGACAACUCUGUAGUAGAUUUUUAAAUGGGGCCUUUUUCUUGCCUUGCUCCCCUCACCCCCCUUUCCUCGCAUCCUCCCUUUUUUCUACAGCAAGAGCGAUUUACCAUGUUUACCUUGUCGGCCAGCAGCUACUGUUUUGGUACCCAAAGACAGACAGACUGGCUGGGCCCAAAGCGGCUCUCCAUUUCCAUUCGUUGAUUUAACAGGUACUAACGAGAAGUUAUAAAGUUAUAGAAGGGCUUGGUUUUAAUUGAAACUAUCAUAGCGCGGAUUCAAUGAUGUGGUGAGAGGCACUGGCGGCAUGCUGUGGAAGGUUUUAAUUUUUUUCCUCUUAAUCUUUUUUAGUGUCUUUUAAGUAGGAAAUGAACACUGCUCUGAGCUAACUUUAUGUACUAAAUAAUCAUCUCUCGCUUAAAAAGUAGUUUAGUGUAGCAUCUUAUGUGUGAUUCUUAAUUGUUGCUUUCGGGUCGCUGUGACGGACUAAUGCCCCACCCCACCAUCUAAGAAUUAUCAAAAUUGUAAAGGGGAGCUUUAUCCCAGCGUUGUACAUGAGAUGGAAUUAAAUACUGGGAAUUGGAAGAAGGGAUUUUUAAGUCGGAUUUUUAAUGCUCCAAAGUUUGUAUUUUUUAACUCUUUUGAUUGGAUGCCGGUGGGGCCAUCUAAACUUAUACAACUGUCCUGUAAUACUCGUAGUGAUGGCUUCUUUGAAUUGUAGAAUAAUAUGUAGUAUAUGUGCAAUCGGUAAGUGUAAGAAUAUUAUUAUAAUUAUUAUUAGCUAAAGUGAGAAAAAAAUGUCUAGUGGUGUUUGACAGGCCUUGCAAACUUGUAGUGAUGCUUUUAUUCCCUCUGUACAGUUGUACAUUUGUAACUGUUUAUGCUGUAAAUGGGAUGUCUUCUACAUUUUAGUGGGGAGAAAAAGGCUAAAAGUGUGCAUUUUGACGUGUGUAUAUUCAUCACUCCUUUCCCCCCUUUGAAUAUGUAUACAGUUUUAUUUGAGCAAGUGUUAUUUUAAGAAAAAAAUAAUUUUUAAGGCUUCAAUCUGGCAUGUAAUUUUGUUUUUUAAUCUCCUAUGGGAAAAGGUCAGCCUCUAUUUGUACUGGAGCUGCUGUAACAUCCACUGUUGAUAGUCUUUCUGAUGUGUGACACUUUUAAAAGACAAUAAGGAUUUAAAAACAAAAAAAUCCUCAAAAUCAGAGGCUGCCUUUAGUUGUCUACUGACUACACAGGAUAUGAAAAAUAUUUUUGUACAGAAAAGUGCUGUAUUUUGGAACGGCUACAACCUUGUAAGCAAAAAAGCAUUGUAAAAUAUUGUCAAUUAUAUAAAUAUGAACAUAUGAGUUUUGUCACACUGUCAAAAGUCAUGUACAUUUUCAGGUGGCCUUAUGUACAUUUCCAGCUGUUAAAUGAAGAAAACAAACUCAUUUUUUGGGAGGCAGAAUUGUGACUAUGUAUGAUUAAACUGUUCUUCUAACACCUGA